GUGAGCGCGCAUGGGCGAUUUCGUUCCGUUCCAUUCCAUUCCGUUACGUCUUGUCUCGUCUGCCAACGCACCGCGACGUGGCGUCUGGCGUGGUCGAGCCUCUAGAGAAGCGAGCCGUGCCCGUCUCUCCCAAUCCACUCCGUACUCGGCGCUCCUCCCCCGUCGCCGCCGGAAAUCAGGAAGCCCAAGUGCUCUCUUGGGUGCGCUCGUCGCCGGUGGCAGUGAGCCAGUGAUGCAUCUUCAUCUCCGGCUUCCUUAUUAGGAUCAGCCCGUCGAUCGAUCAUGGCGUCGUCGAGCUCGGCUGCUACUACUAGUGGUGACAGUCAGGGUCUCAAGGCUCGAGAUGCCUGCAUCGUCGGCGUCGCCCGCACGCCCAUCGGCGCACUUCUCGGGUCGCUGUCGUCCCUCCCCGCCACCAAGCUCGGCUCCAUCGCCAUCCAGGGUGCUCUCAAGAGGGCGAAGGUCGACCCGGCGCUCGUGCAGGAGGUUUUCAUGGGCAACGUCCUCAGCGCCAACCUUGGCCAGGCUCCGGCAAGGCAGGCAGCCCUUGGCGCCGGCUUGCCCAACUCCGUGCCAUGUACCACCGUCAACAAAGUUUGUUCCUCGGGAAUGAAGGCUGUCAUGUUUGCGGCUCAAAGUAUUCAGCUGGGGAUCAACGAUGUUGUGGUCGCCGGUGGCAUGGAAAGCAUGUCGAAUGCCCCAAAAUAUGUGGCUGAAGCAAGACGAGGAUCACGGUUCGGACAUGAUGUCCUUGUUGAUGGGAUGCUCAAGGAUGGCCUGUGGGAUGUCUAUAACGAUUUCCCGAUGGGAAUGUGUGCUGAAUUGUGUUCAGACCAGCACUCAAUCUCAAGGGAGGAGCAGGAUUCGUAUGCUAUCCUCAGCAAUGAACGUGGCAUAGCAGCUCAGGACAGCGGUGCAUUUUCUUGGGAGAUUGUUCCUGUUGAAAUUUCUUCUGGUAGAGGGAAACCACCAGUUGUUGUUGACAAGGAUGAGAGUCUUGCAAAGUUUGAUCCAGUAAAGCUGAAGAAACUUGGGCCAACUUUUAAGACGAAUGGUUCUGUAACGGCUGGCAAUUCUUCUAGUAUAAGUGAUGGCGCUGCUGCAAUUGUCCUUGUCAGUGGAGAGAAAGCCAAGAAUCUUGGCCUUGAAGUUAUUGCAAGGAUUACAGGGUAUGCUGAUGCUGCACAGGCACCUGAGCUGUUUACGACAGCUCCAGCCCUUGCCAUUCCAAAGGCUAUAUCAAAUGCAGCUCUUCAAACUUCACAGAUAGAUUAUUAUGAAGUAAAUGAGGCUUUCUCUGUUGUUGCUAUAGCUAAUCAGAGGCUUCUUGGUAUCCCUUCCGGAAAGCUAAACUUAAGUGGUGGUGCUGUUUCCCUGGGCCAUCCUAUCGGUUGCAGUGGUGCACGGAUAAUUGUCACUUUGCUUGGGAUUCUUAGACAGAAAAAUGGAAAAUUUGGUGUUGCUGGAGUUUGCAAUGGCGGCGGCGGCGCUUCAGCCCUCGUUUUGGAGCUCAUCGCAAUUAUCCUGUCAACUGGAGACAGGACAGGACACUAUCAUCCACUGAAGCAUUGCCGUGUCGGUCAUGGCAGGAACAGGCGCCGUUGGCUUUGCACAUGCCACAUGAACCCACGACGAUGAUUAGUGGGUGGCGGCCGAUGCACGUCCAGUCCGGGUCAAAUCUGCGGCGUCCCCCGUACUCCCCGCCUUUCGCCUGCACAGCGACCCACCCACCUGUAAAGCCGGCCCCAAUUUGGAUGUCCCCUUAUCUUGCCGUCCCUAUAUAUGCCCCCAAUUCGCUUCAUCCACCCAGCAAAUCCCGAUGGAACAAACAAGUUUAAAACCGCGAUGUUGUUUGACGAUGUUCUAGGUAGUUCAAGAUUUUUUUUAGAUAUUUUUCAUGUACCUUAUGUUUUCUCCAAGCUACGAGCCAAAUUUCGUGUCGGCAUCAUAAACUGCAGUUGCGUUUCAUUUUCUCCCGUCU